CUAAAUACAGGGUUUCAACAAAUUAAAACAUAUUUUUCCGUUAACGUUACAAAUAAUACUUUGAAACUGACAGAACUGGCAUUAGCUUUUGUGAACAAGCAAACCAGCUAGUUUUUUCAAAGCGUUUUUUUUACUCAUCUGAUGGCUUUUAUCGAUAUGGAGUUAUAGGGUGCCAUUGGUUUUGUUUAUGUGUAGUGGCUGUUAUUUUUGUUCAUUAUGUGACAGAAUCAUUUGUAAAUAGUGUUUUCAGCAUGUUUUUUGCAUCAAUGAUCUAAUUUUUUAACUUUAAAAUGUGUAAAAAGGCUAAUUAGCGUCGAUCAACUUUUCUGAGAAGUAGGAUCCACUCGCCCAUUGUUUAUUGUGUGUCGCGGAUUUCGCGAAAAAAGGUUUUUGUGCUUUAAUGUUUUCCCGUGUGUUGAUAAACUAUGCUUAUUGGUUUAUUAUUCCUAAAAUACAGUUUCUAAAAAGAAAUUCACGAUGGAACAUAACUUUUUACCUUCGGAUCUACCGACCCAAGUACCUAGCCUGGCUGCCGCUAUUGCGAUGAGCUCAUGUGCUUACGCUUAUAGCAUUUUCAGUGAUCAUCCGAUGAUGGAAAAACCUCCUAUGCUUUCAAUUCCAAGCAGUACAGCACGCACAGAAGGUGAAGUUCCAAACCAAAAUUCUUACUUAACAACAGCACCAUCUAAUGGUAAUAUUAAUCGUGUCAAUCCGAGCUCGAAUGCUGGUCAGUCUGAAAGGGAAGAUAAUAAAAAAGCGAAAAUAUUUCCCUGCGAAGUUUGCGGGAAAAAAUUUUCGCAAAAAGGAAAUUUAAAAAAUCACAUGUUCUGCCAUUCAAAAAUAAAGCCAUUUAACUGUGAAGUCUGUGGGAAAGGUUUUACCCAGAAAUCAACAAUGGAUUAUCACAGAAGUAUACAUCAAGGUUUAAAACCUUUCAGUUGUGAUUUGUGUGGCAAAAGCUUUACACAAAAGGGUAAUCUUAAAACACAUCUCAUCUCUCACUCAGGAACUAAACCGUACUCAUGUGAAAUUUGUGGUCGUGGUUUUGCUCAGAGAGGAAAUAUGAAGACUCAUCUUCGAACUCAUUAUGGAGAAAAACCCUUUGAGUGUGAAGUUUGUGGGAAACGUUUCACCCUGAAAGGUAAUUUAAAUACUCAUAUUUUAUCCCAUAAGGGUAUUAAACCAUUUUCCUGUGAGAUUUGUGGGAAGACUUUUGCUCAAAAAUUAAGUAUGGAAUAUCACAUGAAUAGCCAUACAGGUAAUAAACCCUAUAAGUGUGCUGUUUGUGGUAAAUGUUUCACUCAGAAAGGCAAUAUGAAAACUCAUAUGAGGUCUCACAGUGGGGAAAAACAUCAUGCUUGCCAAAUAUGUGGAAAGUGUUUCACUCAAAAGGGUAAUAUGAAGACCCAUAUGAAAUUGCACUGCCGUCCACCAGAUGUUGAUAAACCGUAUCAGUGUGGUAUAUGCUGUAAAUCUUUUGUUACAAGAUCAAGUCUAGAAUGUCAUAUGGCCAACCAUGUUAAUCGAGGAAUUACAGGGGCAAAUAAAUCCGUUGUUGGCACAACUCCAACAUUGUCAGUGAAUAGACGCGGCAGACCUCCAAAUGAUCUGUCAUUAAAACAACUUAAUGAGCAUUUAGCUAAACAGGCAAAUGAUCUUUCUAUGAGACAAAUGAAUGAAAAUUUGUAUAAACAAGAAAAUAGUGAACAUGGAAACAAGCAAAUAAAUGAUCAUUCGGUGAGGCCACUGAAUGAUCCUAUGUGUAAGACAGAAAAUCCAGUUUCUUUACGGACUAUAAAUGAUCAUCUGAUAAAAGCUGGGAAUUCAUCAUUCAAACCUAAUGAUCCAUUUAGCAAGCAAGGGAAUGAAUUAUUGGGGAGAGCAUUAAAUGAUUUUGGUAGAUCUGGAAAUGAAGCGCUAUAUAGAUCUUUACAUGAGCAUAUGGGUAGACCAGGUCAUGAUUUUCUGAGUAGGUCACUUAAUGGCCAUUUAGUAGGUAGAUUAGGAAAUGAAACUCUAAAUCGACAUGUUAAUGAACACAUAGAAAGAUCUUUAAGUGGUCAGUUAGGGCGAUUAAGUAAUAAUUACCUUGGUGGGCCUAGUAGUGACCCCAUGACACGUCUCAAUAAUGAGCAGAUUCUAAGGCAAAAUGAACAUAUGAGAAGGCAUGUAAAUGAACAAAUGUUAAGGCCUACGAAUGAUCACAUGGGUAGACCAAAUGCUGACCAUUUAAAUAGGCAAAAUAAUGAUCAUUUGAACAGACCAAACAGUGAUCACAUGGGAAGGCCAAAUAAUGAUCAUUUGGGUCGGCCAAAUAAUGAUCAUAUGGGAAGACCAGGUAAUGAUCACAUGGGCAGGCCUGGAAAUGAGCACAUGGUAAGACCUGGAAAUGAACAUUUGGGGAGACCAAGUACUGAGCAUAUGAAUAGAACUAGCAGUGACCAUUUGGUUAGAACGAAUGAUCACUUAGCUAGAUCAAACGCUGAGCAUUUAGGUAGGCCAAACAGUGAGCAUUUAGGUAGGCCUAAUAAUGAGCAUUUAGGCAGGCCAACUAAUGAUCAUAUGGGUAGGCCUGCUGGGGAGCAUAUGGCAAGAGCAUCUCAUAUAGAAGAGCACUUGGGAAGACCUGGAGAACAUUUAGGACGACCAAGCAAUGAACAUAUGACACAACCUGGUAAUGAACAUUUAGGCAGCUUAAAUAAUGAUCAUAUUGUAAAUGAUAUGAGUAGAUCUACGAAUGAAUUAAUGGCCCGACCUAAUAAUGAUCACAUGGUUCAGCCUGGUAGUGAUCAUAUGGGAAGAUCAAAUAAUGAACAUAUGUCAAAUAGAGGAGGAGAUCAUAUGGGCAGAUCUAGCCAUGAACAUAUAAAUAAGUCUGCAAGUGAACUCAUGGUUAGUCCAAAUCAUGAUCAUUUUGGAAAUGCUAGGAAUGAACAUUUUGAUCGUGUUAAUAAUGAUCAUAUAGACCCUGCUUCAAAUGAGCAUUUGGGAACUGUAUCUAAAGACCAUUUCCCAAGACCAGGUCCUGAUCAUCACAACAGAAAUGAACUUCUGAAUAGCCCACAUAAUGAGCACUUAGUACGACCAAGUAGUGCACAUCUUGGAAUGACUGAUAAUGAACCUGUUUGCAGUAAUGGCAGCGAUCAUUUGGAUAGGCCAUCAAGAAAUGCAUCUGUUGAUCCAUCGGUCAAUGAAAACAUGUCAGAGACAGAAAACGAAUUACUGAGGACCCCAGAAAAUGAACUUCCUGUACAACUGACUCAAAAUUAAUCUCCUCUGAUAUGUGAAUAGUGGGGUUAAUGCUAGACUGCUUUGUCGUUAAUGCUUGGUUUUUAAUUUAGGAAAUCUGCUUCCAUCUGUGACAAGUUAAAAGUUUUAAUCUGUACAACGUUUCAUAAUUCCCUAGCAGUUGAUAGCAGAAUUAAUCACAAAAUGUAUGCAAAAGACAGAUAUCAUUGCCACUACACAUAGCACCAAGAGCCACAAGGACUAAUAGAACUUUUAGUAAAAAAGCCAUUUAGGAAAUUUCCUGGUUUUUUGUCAUUCAACUACAGUUUUUUAUACAGAGCUUAUCACACUAGAAAAAUGUUAUGCAAUAAGAAUUCAUAAACAUCAUAUGUUAUUUUACUUAAUGCCUCUAUCUUGAGGUGAAUGGUUACAUAGUUUUGUAACUGUUCAUAGAUAAUAAUUGCAUUUCAUAGCCUUGAUCAUCUGCCUAGUUAUUUUAAUUAAUCAGUUGUGUCAGGAGCAAAACAUAAAAUCAAAGAAUUUCCUAUGCACUUGAUCUGCUUCUGAAACAACUGAUUUCUCUUUAUAUCCCACCUACUCACUGUAAUAUAGUUUCAAAGCAGUAAAAGGAUGGCUCAAAUUGGAAAUAAUGCUUUGACCUUGUUCAAGGGAAAGUAUGUUUCUGCUCUGUAUCAGCUAAAGUACCUAAGUGACUUUAUUUGUGUAUUGGUAAUGUAUAGUAAAUGAAAAUUUCAUUUUCAGUUUAAAGCAUAAUUGAUGUAAAACUUGGAAACGUGUGAAAUUGACAUUUUGAAUGUAGCAGGAUGUUUUCCUAAGUACUUAUCUAUUGUAGUUUCUGGACAACAAAAUAGAUUUAGUAUCGUUAAACAUUUUAUUCAUGCAAUAAUUUUUAUCACUGGGUGCCCAUAUUGCAGAUGAGAUGAAACACAUAUUAAGAAUGGAAAAAGUUGCUAUUUAAUUUAGGUAACUAGUAAGUGAUUUUUUUUUUUUUUUUUCAGUUUACAUUUUAGCAGAGAAAUAUUUAAAUAAUUUAAAUUAUAUAUAUGUAAAUAUUGGUUAAUGAGAAAUUUGAGUAACAUCCUCAGCAUUCUGAAGAAAUUUGUUGUUAACAGAUGUUUAAUAUUUAUGUUACUAGAAAGUUUUUAUACACCUUGAAAUUUCUUUACAUAUAAAAAGAACUAUAUUACUAAAUCAUUAUGGUGUCAAAUGGGGCUAUCUAAGAAUGAUUUAAUUUUCAUUUAUGAAAUUAUUGAUAAAAUGUCAUUUUUUUCACUACAUAUUUCAUAAUCAUAUUUUUCCAUUAGUAAAGAUUUAAAAUUUUAUAUAAAUUUUUAACCCGUAUGAAGAUUUAAUUCCAUAUAACAAAAUUGUUGGUGAUAAUUUACUUAGUCCACGACUUCAUACUGAAGGUCACUUAUUAUUUUGAGAAGUUGGCUAAUCUAAUAGAAAUCUAUAUUAUACAAUCAUGUAUCAUCUGUGUGCCAGUUACAAAGCAACAUUAAGAUUUAAUUUCUGUAGAAUAGAAUUCAAACACGUGACUUUUAGGAUUUUAUCGUUAUUUAAGAAAUACUCAUUUACAAUGCAAUGCUACGCAAAAGCGUAGCUAAGGUUUUCAGCGCUCGGGGACACCUAAAGAUUUUGCGCUCCUUUCUGUGUUCCAAGAAUGGAAAGCAUUUCAUUCUGAAAUGUGUAUCAUCAAUUUCGUGCCUUCUGUAUGCUAAACCCCCCUUGUCCCACCCUAGCUACACCACUGCUUUCACGUAUUACACACAGUGUAGGGCGAUGCCGAGGAACCUGACAAAGUGAUGUUACCUAUUCUGCAAUACUCAUUUGGCAAACAACUUUCUUUAUUUUUGAUGGUCAUAUUAAGCAUUGUUUUUUUUUUAAACUUAUGUUUAGUAUUGUUUUAACAUUGGUUGUAUGAAGCAUUGUUUUUCUACUUAGUAUUAUUCUCGAAUAAAUGUUUCUUUCAUUUAAUUUUCCUGUGCUUUGCCACAGUGGUAAACAAUAUGUGGCAGCAUAUGUGGUUUUAUGAUUUUCAAUUAAAAUGCUUAUUGCAAUAAGAUACUGUAAUAUAUUUAACAUUAAUUAAAUUUAAUUGUUAAUAAAUUUAUCCAGUUUCCUAAUUCAUUUGUUGAGGCCCUUAUGAUAUCUAUAGUCUUCAUUUUUUAACUUUUUCUAUUUUAUUGACAGUAUUUGUAUUUACUUUGGGUUUGUUAAAAAAUUGUAAAUUCUUUAAAGAAGUAAAUUAUUACAUUUCAUUUGUUAUUCUAGGUACAUUAAUCUAUUUUAUAUUUGUUUUAUAGUAUCUCUUAAACCAUUUCCCGGCAUAUGUUAGUUUUCAAAGUAGAUAUAUUUAAUAAAUAGUGUAUUUUUCCUCUUUUCUUAGGGUAAAUUCUCUAUUAAUAAUUUAAUUAUUAAUAAUGCAAAAAAUACCCAAAACAAAAGUAAAUUUUAAAUAUUAAAAAACUAGUUAUUGUCCUUGAUUGUAAAUUAUCUGCAGAUUAUUAAACAAGAAGUUGAAAUUACUAUAUAAAAUACUAAUUUAAAUAAUUCUGACUAAAGAAUUUUUUUCAUUCAUGGUUUUAAAUUGAAUUUGUGUUCCUUGGAGAUGGUAUAUGGAAA